UGUUAGACAUUUAUUUCACUUCCUCCCGUCGUCAGAUGUUUAGGUGUUCGCUCUUGUUGUGCACAAAGCUUGCACUGGACCAUGUCCGGUGUUGGCGAGCUUCUGAGCAAAGCAAGUGAGAGAGAGGAGAGGUUGAGAAAGACGGAGGAGUUUCUAGCCAAGCAUCUCCACGAUCGCUUGUUUGUGGACUACUUCAAUGUUUUUCUCAACUUGCCGGUGUUUGGUCAAAGAAUGCUGCUCAAGCUGCACGAUGGACACUUUAUAUUUGACCCUCCAGUUUUCACAGAAGUGAAUCAUGACAGGAUAGUAGCAUGGAUAGCUGCGCGCAGGUUUCACCUGUUUACAAAGACACACCUCUUUCUGGAAUAUCAGCUGUGCCAUAAACUGCAAAACCUCGACUUUGAGCUGCGGUUCUAUGAUUCUGCUCGCAGUAGGCGGACCCAUCAUGUACUGCAGGUGUUUGCAAACAACCUGCUGGGUAGCGUGGCUGGCAUGUACCUGUUCCGUGAGCACCUCCGGAACUCCUCCGGCUCGAAAGUUUUUGGGUGCUGGCUACAUGUGCAACGAUUCCGACAGACGCGCAACUUGACGAAACGACGCGAGAUAUUCCACGAGAUCCAGCAGUGCUAUCUCCAUGCUACGGCGUUUCACAAGCUGUCCAACAGGCUGUGCAAAGUAGUGGCCGUGGAGCUCCUGUCUUUUCCUGUGGUGCCACAUUCUGAAACGGAGUUGUCAGCGCGACUUACGACUGAUCACUAUGUGCCCUCAUGCGAAGUCGACCUCUCGUCACCUAAGGCCUUGGGACUGGUGCAUCGAGUGCUUCUGGAAGCCUUGCGCGCUUACUGGGCUCCUUGUUACGUCAUGCACGUGCUCUCCACCCAGCCCUUUACGAUACUAAAGGAACUGUUCAGGGUUCCAGGAGGAGACAUCAUUCUGUCCUCGAGUGAACUGAAAAUUCUUAUCGGAAGGUGCGCACUGUUUAGCAUCCAAGACGGUCAAGAUUUAAUACCGAAACAUGGUGGUGCCCAGUUUGAGAGUGAUGAGUGGAUCUUUUCCUUAAUCUCAUCUUCUUCAUCGACAUUGUCGUCAGCGUCUUCAUCUUUAACGCGUGGUAAGACCGGGGGAAGCUCCUUCGAUAGCGUUCACUGCGUGGAAUCAAGUGACCAGAAGCUCUUGUCACGACUGUGCUCCUCAUUCUUGUCAUCAGAGCGACAGACGACCUUAACCCCUGUGGAGGAGUGUGGGCAACCUAAGUCUGCAGAUCUUUUGAAUUUACCCUCAGAUAAAGGAGAAACUUCGUCUGCAGUCUCUUUGCUUAGAGACGAUAAAGUACAAGUAGAAGUCUCUCGGCAUCACGAUGACACCAGCGACGAGGAGCUGGCAGAGGUGUGUGCUAUCGGAGAAUUACUGGACACUGGAGACGACUCCAACCAGCCGGUAUAUGAUGAUGAGGAUGAUGACAAGAGCAAGGACUCCAAACCAGUCCCCUUGCCCAGCGCUGCCCGCCGUUUGGAACCGGCUUCCUCAAGCUUGCCAAGAGAAAGUUUGGAGGGUACAACAGCUACCAGAGAGGACACCCGUGGCACAAGCGGCAAGUCCAAGGUGUCAGACGAGCUGGAAGACGACGACAGAAGGUUGAGGUUGAACCUGACGAUUCUGGCGCUGAAGGAGAUGAGCUUCAAGCCCGAACCCAUGCUUUACCUCAACCAGCUGCUGCGGCAUUACCUCUUCGGCUAUCGACACCUGGACCAAGAGAAGCCAGUGACUGACAGACGAACCCUGUGCCUGCUGGCUUGCGACGACUUGGCCGGCAGUCCGUUCCGUUCUUACCUGCGUGGUCAGGACCCGCGGCUGCAUCUCAGCUACUUUGACUUCUGGUCAGCUAUGCGCCGAUAUCAGCAGCUCCACGACCUGUAUCGAAUGGGAAACACCAUGAAUACUAAGUAUGGUCCUCCCAUCGCUAGCUUGCGAACACAGCACAUUCUUUAUAUGGUCAACAGAUUUUUUAUGGGCAGUGGUCUUGACGCUAAGAUCUUACAAUAUAGAAUUCGAAUUAAUAUUCUGGAGGACAUGAAGGCAGCCAGAUGGUCACCCCUCAUCAACUCAACUUUGGAUGUCGUGUCCAAUGUUCUCGGUAUCCCCAUGAUGCAGUUCAUCCUCAACGACAGACAAGAUUUUCGAAAGCACGCGAUCGAUUCCGGAACCUUCGAGGUCAAGCCAAAGCAGGGUCCAAAAGACAAAGUUGUAAUAGAAUCGGGUCUUCCGAAAGUCUUUAAUUCUUUGCUGAAGCGGGGAACCGAGGCGGCUUCGCAAGGAGCGUUUGCUAAUCGCCGCUGUCUCUCAGAUCCCUGGAGAGAGGAUCCCAAACACGAUCCAGAUGGAGACAUGGAAUGUCUGCGACCCACGGAUUCUCGUGGCACCAAGUAUAACGGCGUUGUGGGUGUCCUGGGCGAACAGCAUCGCUUGCUGGCCUUUCAGUUUCUUAUCGUCCUGCGAGAAGACCUACCAGACGCACAGGUCUGUGAUGUGGCUUCUUUGGCAAGAAUUGUGCGGUCUGACUAUGGUAGCUUGCACAUUCAUUGCCCUUCUCCUGUCAAAACCAAUUAUCUAACCAUCCUUCGACCCGAAAGGCGGACUUUUAGCACGACGUGGCUAAAACAAUCCUCUUUGCCCCAAAAUGUUCCUCUUCGGACCACUUUCAGCAGGCUUAGUACAACUGUAAAUGUGCGCCAGCUUCUACAGAUAAGACAAAAUAGAGAAAGCUCAUCGUUUGUAUUACCCCCAAAGCCAAGAACAUUUUCAGACAUUCUGGCGGACGAGACGCAGUUCCAAGCCUUCAAGAAGUAUUUACGAGGUAAAGACCAGGCACAAAUCCUCUCAUUCUGCGAAGAUGUACAAGACGCUCGGAGAGUUGAAAAUUCCAGUGACCGGGACAUGAUUGUACAGAAAAUUGUAGAGUACCACUUCAAAGCCGGUGGUGAGGUUGCAAACUUAAUCAAACAGAUGGGCUUAAGCGUGUCGGGCAUUAAAAAAGGAGACCUCCCAGCUUUGAUUAAAGCUCAGUUAGCUUUGGAGAAGCAGAUACAAGAUAAAUGGUUUCAGACAUAUAUACAUGAGAUGUACACAAAGAAAGUACAGUUUUCCAUCCAGUCAGAUGACAAAAAGGAGGAUUGGUUAAGGAAAUAUCUUGAGGAAAGUUUAGGAGAAGCGAAAGAGAAAGACAAAUUAAUUGUCAAAGCGAGAUGUAAGCGAAUAGUAGGACAAUCUCUGAAAAAUAAAAUGAGAAUGGAUUCUUUAAAGGACGGAGAAGAGAUCAUAGAAAGUCAAACAGACGAGCAGGAAAAAAGUGAAGAACAGAGUGAAGAAGACAGGGCAGAAAGCAAAGAAGAGGAUGAAUAUAAAAGCAAAGGAGAAUACGAAAAAAGAAAAGAAAAAUCUCGAAGUAUUUCACAGCGACAGAAAAAAGGGGGAAAGUCCCGCAUCCCGUCAAGCUUUAAUGAAAACGAAAUGCUCAGGAAAUGCUUUGAGCAACUAUUAAGGGUAAAAACUAAAGAAGAAAAAUUAAAGGCUCAAGAGAAAUUUAAACAAGCAAUCAACGAAUGGCUUCAAAUGCAACAAACACAAGGCUCUAAUGAGGCCAAAGACGACAGCAAAGAACGCAGUAAAGAAAAGAGUGAAGAAUGCGAAGAAGAAGAGAGUGAGGAUGAAAAGAUUGAAUAUGAAAGCGAACAAGAAAACGAAGAAAGACAAGAAAAAUAUCAAAGUAUUUCACAGCGACAGAAACAAAGGGGAAAGUCCCGCACCCGUUCAAAGGAUAAUAAAGUUUUGUUCAGGAAAUACAUUAAGAAACUUAUAUUAACGGUAACAUAUACGAAAGAAAAAUUAAAAGUUAAAGAGAAAUUUAAAAAAGAGGUAAACAAAUGUCUUAAAAUAAAACAAACAAAAGACUCCGAUGAAGCCAAAGAAGACAGCAAAGAAGGUAGUAUAGAAGAAAGUGACGAAGAGAGCGAGGCAGACAGUGAAGAAGAGAGUGACACAGAAAGUGAAGACGAGAGUGACACAGAAAGUGAAGACGAGAGUGACACAGAAAGAGAAGACGAGAGUGACACAGAAAGUGAAGAAGAAAGCGAGGCAGAAAGUGAACAUGAAGAAGGAAAGGAAAAAUCAAAAAUGCUUUUACAGCGACAGAAAAAAAGAAAAACUUCCCGCAUCCAGUCAGACGAUAAAAAAGAUAUCUUCGGGAAAUACCUUAGAAAAAGAUUAAGUGAACCUAAUGAAAAGAACAGAUUAAAGCUAAAAAAAAUGUUUCAACAAAUGAUAAUAAGAUCUCCUAAAAAAAAAGAAUAAAAGCUUAUUACGAGGACGAAGAAGAGAGUGAAGAU